CGCCCCUUCACGAGCACAUGCACUAUACACACAAAGAAUUCGUUUGUAGCAGGCUGACGCGCACUCAUAAAAUAAAAAGCCAUGUAAAUAACGGCAUACAGACCAUUACAGUGUCUAAAGGCACCAGUGUGCGUAACCACGCCGCGCCGGUUGCUGGGAGUGUUGAGGUGAGGGUGUAUAAGAGGCAACUGUUUUGGUAAACUCGCUAGUUCCAUGAGCGACAGACGAAAGAAGGGUCUGGUACACAGUGCGCCCAUCGGACUAUGCCUUUCCCAGUUUAGGAGGAAAACAAAAGGGAGGUCUGCACGGGCAGAGGACGGAGUGGAGAGCCACGACUGGGAGAAAGGGACAGGCAGGCGCUCUGGAGAUGGAGAUGACACGCCCCGGUCUGCAAGGCGAUUCCACAGUGGACUGCUUAAAGUGCGGUGGCUUGUUAAAUCACAACGACGGAGACUCAGCAGAGGUAUCUGUGCCGCUGUCACUUCCCGGGAUUCGGACAAGUCCUAUGGAGGGAGACAACCUCUACAGACUGCGAGACCGAAAGUUUUUAUUGGAGGAUAAAAAGCGCCUUUGCGCUUUGGCUUUGGCUGCUGCUCUUCUCGGGAUACUACUCAUGAUCAUUCACGUCGAGAUAUGCCCCUUCGUUUAUAAACCGGGCUCAAACAUGGCCUUAAUCAUGAACUGUUCCAUCAGCCUGUCCACUGGGUGUCUCCUGAUCCUCAUUAUAGCUUUCCAUUAUAAGGACAUCAGGCUGUUCAUCAUUGACUACAACCAAGUGGACUGGCGUAUUGCCAUGACCAGCCACAGGGUUUUGGUGAUCACCCUGGAGCUGUUGGUCUGCUCCAUCCAUCCUGUUGGCACAUACUGGAAGGCAGGCCUCCAUGUCAACUCCUCUUCCCCUGCGCCGCUCUGUGUUUCCAACCACCAAAGCGAGACCCUGCUGGACAUGGAGUUGCUGUUAUCGGUUCUGAUGUUCCUUCGUUUGUACUUGGUGCACAGGGCCAUCCUGCUGCACAGCAAAGUGCUGCUGAGCGCCUCCUACAGGAGCAUCGGCUCGCUCAACAACAUCAACUUCACCUUCCGCUUUGUUCUCAAGGUACUGAUGAACAAACACCCGGGGCGCACGCUGCUGGUCUUCAUCCUCUUCUUUUGGCUCACUGCAUCCUGGAUGCUCACUCUGUGUGAGAGGCAGACCCAAGCACUGACAGGCCACAUGAACACGGCUCUGUGGCUGAUAGCCAUCACCUUCCUCACAGUGGGCUAUGGGGAUGUGGCGCCCUCCACCAGCUGUGGCAUGGCAGUGUGUCUCUUCACUGGAGUCAUGGGUGUAGCCUGCACUGCCAUGCUGGUGGCAGUAGUCACAGAGAAGCUGGCUCUGAACAAAGGAGAGAAACACGUGCACUUCUUCAUGCUGGACAUCCAGAUCUCUAAAAGGAUCCGCCAUGCUGCUGCUAAUGUGCUAAGGGAGUGCUGGCUUCUGCACCGCACAAACACGACCAAGGGAAACCGCGGUGAGCACCGAAAACACCGGCGAUGCCUUCUGGAAGCCAUCAGAGUAUUUAGGCAUUUGCGUCUCAAACAAAGAAAACUGAGAGAUUAUGUGAGUGAGAUGGUGGACCUCCCUAAGAUGCAGAUGAUUAUGUGUGACCUCAGUGCCAAUUGGAAUAACUCCUAUCGAGAGAUGGAGCAGCGUAUCCUCUCCAUGGAGCAGAAGCUGGAUGAGCUGAGUCGCUGCUUCCAGCAAACCUCGGAGCUCUUGUAUCAGGUCCUACGUCAUCGCAACCCAGAGAUCAGGUGACAUGGCUCUGCGCAUUUAAGACAGUAACUGUCUUCAUCUAUAGUAUCCAUGAAAAUGAGAAGGCAAAUCCUCUCCAUCCAGAGCUGCUCCAGACUCCUACCAUGCUGAACCACUUGGAGGACAAACAUACUUAUUAAAGAGCUCAUCUUCUGGCCUUGUGCUGAGAGCAUUGCACACUGACUCGUAGCUGCAAAAACAUACAUACAGAAUAAGAUUUCUAUUCACUGUGGGAGAGGGAUCGCUGUGCAUUUUCAGCGAUCUCUGAUUCAAGCAGUUGUUUUGGUGACAGUGAAAGAACUGAAUUAAUCUCAAACAAGGACUGUGGAGAGUCUUGUAAUUCACACUGUCAAAGGCAACAGGAUUGCUCACUUCUCUGUUAUUUGUAAGUUUCACUGACAGACUCCA